AUGAAGGCAGAAGAUAUAGAGGGAGAAGAAGAGACGUAUGUGACUGAUAUGAAGGCAGAAGAUACAGAGGGAGAAGAAGAGACGUAUGUGACUGAUAUAAAGGCAGAAGAUAUAGAGGGAGAAGAAGAGACGUAUGUGACUGAUAUGAAGGCAGAAGAUACAGAGGGAGAAGAAGAGACGUAUGUGACUGAUAUGAAGGCAGAAGAUAUAGUGGGAGAAGAAGAGACGUAUGUGACUGAUAUGAGGGCAGAAGAUACAGAGGGAGAAGAAGAGACGUAUGUGACUGAUAUAAAGGCAGAAGAUAUAGAGGGAGAAGAAGAGACGUAUGUGACUGAUAUGAUGGCAGAAGAUAUAGAGGGAGAAGAAGAGACGUAUGUGACUGAUAUGAUGGCAGAAGAUACAGAGGGAGAAGAAGAGACGUAUGUGACUGAUAUGAUGGCAGAAGAUACAGAGGGAGAAGAAGAGACGUAUGUGACUGAUAUGAUGGCAGAAGAUACAGAGGGAGAAGAAGAGACGUAUGUGACUGAUAUGAUGGCAGAAGAUACAGAGGGAGAAGAGACGUAUGUGACUGAUAUGAAGGCAGAAGAUAUAGAGGGAGAAGAAGAGACGUAUGUGACUGAUAUGAAGGCAGAAGAUACAGAGGGAGAAGAAGAGACGUAUGUGACUGAUAUGAAGGCAGAAGAUAUAGAGGGAGAAGAAGAGACGUAUGUGACUGAUAUGAAGGCAGUAUAUACGGAGGGAGAAGUAGAGACGUAUGUGACUGAUAUGAAGGCAGUAGAUACGGAGGGAGAAGAAGAGACGUGUGUGAGGGGUGAUCAGCUGUGUAAGGAGGAGGAAAUCCCUACAGAUAUCAGCACAGAUGGACACACAAGCAGGAACAUCUCAGAAGGACAUCUAAUGUUAUCCCCGGAUUGUGAAAAAAAAGAUAAUGACAGUAGACCGGAUUCUCCAGGAGAUAACCCUAUUACCCCAAUUAUACAUCCAGCUCUAUCAGCUGAUCCCUCUGAUCCUGGGAAAUGUUCUCCUGAUCACUCUGACAUUGGUGCAUCUGUUACAGCUCUGAUAGUAGAUACAGUGUUUCCCUGUUCUAUAGAUGCCAAAUGUUUUACACAGAACACAAACCUUAUUACCCAUCAAUCAGCUAAGGCAGGUGAGAGGCCAUUUCCAUGUUCUGAGUGUGGUAAGUGUUUUCCAUACAAAUCAGUUCUUGUUAAUCAUCAGAGAAGUCACACAGGUGAGAAGCCAUUUUCUUGCUCUGAGUGCGUGAAAUGUUUUACCCUGAAAUCAAAUCUUGUUACACAUCAGAUAAGUCACACAGGUGAGAAUCCAUUUCCAUGUUCUGAGUGUGGGAAAUGUUUUGAAUCCAAAUCAGCUCUUGUUAGACAUCAGAGAAGUCACACAGGUGAGAAUCCAUUUUCUUGCUCUGAGUGUGGAAAAUGUUUUACACGGAAAUCAGCUCUUGUUACACAUCAACGAAGUCACACCGGUGUGAAGCCAUUUUCCUGUUCUGAAUGUGGGAAAUGUUUUAUAAGUAAACUAUAUCUUGUUAGACAUCAGAUAAUUCACACAGGUGAGAAGCCAUUUUCUUGCUCUGAGUGCGGGAAAUGUUUUACCCUGAAACAUAAUCUUGUUAUACAUCAGAGAAGUCACACAGGUGAGAAGCCAUUUUCUUGCUCUGAGUGCGGGAAAUGUUUUACCCUGAAACAUAAUCUUGUUACACAUCAGAGAAUUCACACAGGUGAGAAUCAAUUUCCAUGUUCUGAAUGUGGGAAAGGUUUUACCCGGAAAUGGCUACUUGUUACACAUCAGAGAAUUCACACAGGUGAGAAUCCAUUUUCUUGCUCUGAGUGUGGAAAAUGUUUUACACGGAAAUCAGCUCUUGUUACACAUCAGAGAAUUCACACAGGUGAGAAUCAAUUUCCAUGUUCUGAAUGUGGGAAAUGUUUUACCCGGAAAUGGCUACUUGUUAAACAUCAGAUAAUUCACACAGGUGAGAAGCCAUUUUCUUGCUCUGAGUGCGGGAAAUGUUUUACCCUGAAAUAUAAUCUUGUUACACAUCAGAGAAGUCACACAGGUGAGAAGCCAUUUUCUUGCUCUGAGUGCGGGAAAUGUUUUACCCUGAAAUCAAAUCUUGUUACACAUCAGAGAAGUCACACAGGUGAGAAGCCAUUUGCUUGCUCUGAGUGCGGGAAAUGUUUUACCCUGAAACAUAAUCUUGUUAUACAUCAGAGAAGUCACACAGGUGAGAAUCAAUUUCCAUGUUCUGAAUGUGGGAAAUGUUUUACCCAGAAAUGGCAACUUGUUACACAUCAGAGAAUUCACACGGGUGAGAAGCCAUUUUCUUGCUCUGAGUGUGGGAAAUGUUUUUCACAGAAAUCACAACUUGUUACACAUCAGAGAAGUCACACAGGUGUGAGGCCAUUUCCAUGUUCUGAGAAAUAAAUCAGCUCUUGUUGCACACAAUAGAUAUCACUCAGGUGAGGAACCAUUUUAUUCUUCUGGAGUAUACUUAUCAUUGCCAUGUAACGUUCUUCAAGGUUCUUAUCCUAUCUCCCAUGCUUUUUGCAAUACACGUGCUACCACUGGGUGAAACAGACGUCAUGUCCUCGUUUACCACUGCUAUGCCGAUGACCGGUCGCUCUGGGUACUGAGAACCCAAUACCAAUCCUAAAUGUCUAGUUGAGCUCCAGGUGUGGGUGAUGCCAGUUGGCUCUGACUCCGUCCUAGUGUAACAGUUUCAUAUGAUAGAAGCUCACGACAAAGGGCAGGGCUACAGCUCAGCUUUGCCUACCAACCAGACUUACACUUGGGGGUUCAGAGUUACAAAAUGCUGAUCCUGUGCGGAAUCUUGGUGUCCUGGAUGGUGGAGUGACACAUAGACAUCAGGUAUCAGCCACAAUCAGAUCCUCAUUAGAGGAACAUAGCCAGACUCCAGCACUUAUUUCUCUGACGUCCUAGUGGAUGCUGGGAACUCCGAAAGGAC